AUGUCUACAAAAACAUUGGUUUUAAACAAGGAAGGUGGAGGAGGAGAACCAACCAAUCCAAAAUGUGUAAAUUGUGGUGAAUUUUGUGAAGGACAAACUUUUGAAGCCUUUGGAAACAGCUAUCAUCCAAGUUGUUUUUGUUGUGCUGGUUGUAAAAGGACCUUUCCAACUGGUAGAUUCUUGAAUAUUAAUAGGAAACCAUAUUGUGAUGGAUGUGGUAGACAAGCAUUUAUUCAAGCUCAGUUGGGAGGUAAUUCUCCAUUGUCAAAGGGAAAACAAAAUGGUGGUGGUGCUGGCAAUGCAACUGCAACCUCUCCAAAGUCUAGACGUAAAGACAUAUCUUCUCCAGUAUCAUCAUCACAAUCACCAAAUGCCAACAACAAAGAGGAGAAACAGUAUUCCAAGACAUCAUCGGAACAAGAGAGAAUCAUUAAAGAUGAAUUAAACAAAAUUGAAAAAAGAUACUCUGGUCAAACUGUUGAUGAAGCUGAAACAAGUUGGGUUAAUCAGAAUGCAAACAACAAUAACAACAGUAACAGUACAACAAGCUCACCAUUAUCAUGUAGUGGAAGUGGUGGAAGUAGAAAAUCAACACCACUUCAAGGUGCCAACAAUGCCAAUUCCAACAGCAAUACUCAAAGAUUAUCAAAAAGAUUUGAAUCAAUUUCAAUUAGUGAAGAUGAUAAUAAUAGUAAUGGUAACAACAACAAUAAUAACAAUGGUGGAGGAGGACUUAGUAGAGCAAGUAGUAUAUCUAAAUUUGAUAGAGAAAGAUAUGAAUUUUUAAAUUCAUCAACUAGUAGCAAUAGUAUUAGUAGUGAAGGUAGUACUCCUCCACAAUCUCUAUCUCGUGUUCAAUCAUUUAGAGAUGAUACAAGUACUUCAUCCAUCUCCAGUGGUAAUAAUAUUAAUAAUAAUAUUAAUAAUAAUAAUGGUAUCAAGAGAAAUAGUGUAACAUUGUCAAUGAAACGUGAUAUCGAGGAGAGAGAGCAAAGGGAAAAAGAAGAAAGGGAAAAAAGAGAUUAUGAAAUAUCCAUGAACAACAACACCUCUACAAACAGAUUAUCAUUGUCUGUUGGAAAAAUGGAUGGAUCAAAAUUUAAUUUCUUAAAUUCAACUUCAUCCCCUUCAUUAUCCAAUAACCUCAACCUCAACAACUAUAAUAAUAAUAAUAAUAAUUCUGGUAACAUGUUGACAAAAAGAUCAAGUGUAUCAAUUUAUAAAAAGGAACUUGAAGAAAAGGAAAGAGAAGAAAGAGAGGAACGUGAAAGAAAACAAAGAGAUAGACAAAGUGUUUCUAAAUUUGAUAGUACAAGAUUGGAUUUCCUCAAUCAAUCUACUUCUCCAUUAAAUGUCUCUCCACCACUUACAUCGUCGUCGUCGUCACCUGCUCCUCUUCCAAUUGGUCCAACCAAUUUCUUGUCAAGAUCCAAUUCAACUCGUAAUAGUAUUUCCCUCAAAGACCAAAAAGAGGCUGAAAGAAAAGAAAUGGAAGAGAAAAGGGAACGUGAAAGAAAAGAAAGGGAUAGAUUAUCAGUUACCAAAUUUGAUAGUACUAGAUUGGAUUUCCUUAAUCAACCUCAACCUCAACCCCAACCUCAACCAUCCUCAUCCUCAUCACCAAUUACUAGACAACAAUCUGUUCAAUCAUUUGAUAGAAAUAGUAUGUCAUUGGAUGUCAACAACAACAAAAGAAAUAGUGUAUCAUUUUCAAUUAUCAAAAAUAUUGAAGAUAGAGAAUCAUCAUCAUCAUCAUCAUCUUAUGAAUUAAGUGGUAAUAGUAGACAAUCAGUUGGAAGAAUUGAUAGUUCAAGAUUUGAGUUUCUUACACCACCAAGUGUCUCACCAAACAUCAAUUCAACUUCACCCAAGGUUACUUCACCACCCAACUCACAGUCUGUCAACAAGAGAUCUAGUAUCACAUUGGCCUAUAAAAAAGAAAUUGAAGAACGUGAAAGAAAACAAAAGGAUAGACAAAGUGCAAGUAAAUUUGAUAGUACAAGAUUGGAUUUCCUCAAUCAAACUAGUUUAUCUACUCCUCCCACUACUACCAAUACCACUACUACUCCUUUGGUCAGUCCAAAGUCACCUGUACUUUUUGAAAGUAGAAAGAGUUCAACAUUGACAUUACUACUUGAAAAAGAGGAAAGGGAAAGACAAGAAGCUGAAAAGAGGGAAAAAGAGUUGGCAUUGGAGAGAGAAAGACAAGAGGCCGAGAAAAAGGAAAAGGAGUUGGCCAAGGAAAGAGAACGUGUCAAGCUGUUGGAAGUACAAGUAGAAGCUGAAAAGGAUAAACAAAGAAAACUACUUGAUGAAAAGAACAAACAAAUGGCAAAGGAGAAAGAGGAAUUGGAGAAAAAGAAACAACAAUUGGCAGUGGAGCAAUUGGAAUAUGAAAAGAAAAGAGAACAAGAGAGAUUGGAAAAGGAGAGAUUGAGAGUAUUGGAAGAGCAAAAGAGAGAUCAGGAGAGACUGGAAAAGGAGAAUGAAAGACAAUUGGAACAACAAAGAAGAGAAAUGGAGAGAUUGGAAAAGGAAAAUGAAAGAUUGCAAUGGGAGAGAGAAAGACAACUAGACGACCAAAGAAGAGAACAAGAGAGAAGGGAUAGGGAACGAGAGAGACAAUUAGAUGACCAACGAAGAGAACAAGAACGAUUGGAAAAGGAAAAUGAAAGAUUGGAUCGUGAAAGACAAAGAAAGGAACAAGAAUUGGAGGAAUACAACAGACUUCAAGAAGACAUUCGGUUGAGAAAAGAGGAGCGUCAAAGACGACUAGAUAAACAACUAGAAGAAGAGGAACGUGACCGUCAAAGAAGAGCUGAAGAAAGACAACGUCGCAAAGAACAAAUGCAAAGAGAGUUGGAGGAAGAAGAACGAAAACUGGCAUUGGAAAGGGAAAAAAGACGUGCUCAAAAGGAGGAACGUGAAAGAAGAUAUCAAGAAGAAAUGGCUGCCCUUGAAAGAGAAAGAGAGGAACAAAAAAGACGUAGAGAACAACUACAGCAAAGAGAUCAACAACAGAAUCCAAGUAUUAGAGUUCAACAUGUAAAAUCAAAUCAUUCAGAUAUUAUGUAUAAUACUGUUAAUAGUACUAGUAGUAUAAGUGAAUUGGAUAAAUUGUCCAAUUUGUAUUAUCAAUCUAGCGCACCAUCAAUCAACACAUUUUUAAAAGAACAUGAUAUUAGUGUACCGUCAACUCCAAAUGCUGGUAUUACUCCAUCUCAAAGUUUGUAUUCUAUAGCUUCCAGUACUCUAUCAUCAUCUCCAAUAUUGUCACCAAGAUCAGGUGAAAAGAUUGAUAGUGAUCAUCAUCAUUCAUUGUCGAUUGGGAAUCAUGCCACUUCACCCAAUCAAGCAUCUGUCAUUUCAUCCAACCUUGAUUAUGACCAUUCUUCAAUUCACUCUGUCGAUGGUCAAGAUCUUGCAAUCAAGUAUGGUCACCACCACCACUAUGGUACUGUCAAUAGUGUCAGUGCUGUCAGUUCAGUCUCUACUACAUCUGAGCUUGGAUCAUAUAGAAAUAACACCAACAAUAAUAAUCAAAACACUGGUGAUAUGGAACAAAAAAGAAGAAUUGAAAAAAUGAAACAAGAAAGAAUCAAAAGAGAAGAAGAGGAAGAAAGAAGAGAAGAAGAAGCGAGAAGGAUCAGACAAGAAGAAAGACAAAGAAAAAGAGAUGAAAUGAAGAGAGAACUAGAAUUGGAAGAGAAAAAAAUUGAUCAACAAAGACAAGAAAGAUUGGCUAAAUUAAAAAGUGGUGGAGUCUUUUAA